UCCGACGCUGUUCGCGGUUCGACAUUCAAACAGCUCCCAAUCUGAAAAAGGGAUUUCUGCGUGGCGAAUUAUUACCCCAGAACAUAUAUAUAAACGUAUACUACUUUGAAAAUGAAUUUCAGAUUUGUACAGAAUUAAUAACGUCUCUGGUAACGCAGUUUUUUUUUUUUUUUUUACAUAACUAGGAUCGAUGAAUGAUUCCUGUUUUGCAUCCUAAAGGUGUUUUUUUUUGUCAGCCAUUUCCAGAAAUGAUCAAUAUAAUUGUAUCAUAUGAUAAUACGUUGAGUCUGUGUUCUGACUGUAUAUCUAUGCCGGCGAGCUAGGCGAAUUGGUUCCGGUUUAAGUCGGGGAGGAUGCUGACGUCUCGGGCUCCAUUCGGAAUCAUGUGCGUUUGUGGGCUGAACCGUCUGUCUGGGUUUGUUUAUCAAGGCUGUCGUUUCAGUCAUUUACAUUAAUAAUAUUAUUAUUACGGACAUCUUAGGUCAAUGCAAUACUUAUUUUAACUUUUCCUGACCUAAGAAUUUUAUCUCUGACUAGGAACACAAAUGCAUUCAUACGUUAUAACGAUAUGUAUAUUGAUCAGAGCUUUACCGUGGAGAAAGAAAUAUUUCACAUAAUUAAGAUGUGAACCAUAUAUGCAGCUUGAGUUUUGAUAAUUUUCUCGUUCCUGUUUUUUUUCUUUUCUUUUGAAUGAGUCCCUGAGUAAAAAUGGUUACAUUUUGUGUGAGAAGGCAGCUUUUGCUUAGGAAGGAGCGGACGGUAUGGUUAGAGUUAUUGCAUUGUAGAGGUUGCACUAACGCUGGUGCUGCCUUUGAUGAAACCGAUCACAUGGGCACUGUGAUGAAACUGUGCUCCGAUCGUCACUACAUAGCCCACGACCAUCACACCCCCAAGCGUAUUCGUCGUGGCAUCAGCUGUGUUUAUGGACCCUUGGGAAUGGAGCUCAGGAAGAACAUAUUGGAUCAGUGGUGGAGUUCAAUGGUUACGACCAGGCCGCAGGUUUUUGGUAUCAACACUCUCCAUGGCUUCAGGGGCGGAUCUGUUGCCCUAGAAAGAACUCUGAAACUCAUAGACACUGAAGCUUUGCACCAAGCUCUUCGCCAGGGGGAGAUGACUGGAAAGUCAAAAGGAGAUGCUUUACAGAAACUUCUGCAGGGCAGUGUGUCCAUGCGGACCAGUCUACUGCAAGGUGCACUGGAGCAGUACAUUGCCUCUCUGGAACUGGUGAACAGGAAGUUACCCUUUGGCCUGGCAGAGACAGGCUUGUGCUACCAGCUGCCUGAGGACCAACCUGGUGAGCUUGAUUGCAGCCCAUCUGAGGUUAUGCAGGCCUCCCUUGUCUGGUUCUGCUCACCACGCACCUCAUCCCAGUGGCUGGACUAUUGGGCUCGUCAGCGUCUCCAGUGGUGGAGGAAGUUUGCUUUGGGCCCAUCUAGUUUCAGCUGCAGUGAUGUCACAGUUGGGGAAGAGGGGGAAAAUGUGAAAAGGGGUAUUAAGGUGUUGUACCAGUUCCCCUGGGGUUCAGAAGCUUUGGAGACGCUGUGGAACUUGGGGAACACGGAGCUGCUGCAGAUUCACAUGGGCAGUCAGGCCAAGCUGCAGUGUAGAGAUGGGAAGAGGUCUGUAGUCCCUCAUGUGAUUUCUGUGAGUGGAAACAUAGACCGAGGUGUGCAGGCUUACCUCCAUAAUUCUCUGCAGGAGGUUAAGAAGGUGGACAAUAGGCAAAGACAGCAUAUGAGAAAGGUGUUGAAGUUGCAUCCCAGUUUGACCCCUGUCAAAGUGGCAGUGAACAUGGGUAAAGGAGCCACUUCAGAUCUGCGACAGGUUUGUGAGAGCUUGCUGCAAGAAUUACUGGAUGGUGGGAUAUCGUCAUGGCCAGGACACCUGGAGAGCACGUCGCCGUCAUCGGAGCAACUCAAGUACGAUGAGAUGGGUGUUCUGUUCACUGUGGUGAUCAGUGACAGCACUCUUGAGAGUGGACUGGUACAGCUGAGGAGCCGGGACACCACCAUCAAGGAGACCAUGCACAUCUCUGAGGUCAAGAACUUUCUGGCGAAAUACAUCGCAGCUGCUGAAAAUGUCUGAGUGGGGCAGCUCCACAUGAACGGAGGACGUGCGAUAAAUGGAAUCCAGUGUGUUUUUGUAUUUAUUUUGUAAGCCUUGUGAUUUUCUCUCUCAAAUGCUAAUAAAAGGUAUAUGUAUUUUU